CAUCGCUCCAGAGAAGGGAUUGGAAACAUGACGGAUCCGUCUUGAAAUGCAUUACUUAUUGCAGGCAACGUGCCGCUGCCCAACAUCCAUCGUCUCAUUUGCCCACCCUUGGUUUUGAUGCACUGGGACCACCAGCACCAGAGACGGACCUGACUGCGACCCCGCCACCAAACCAACCCGACCCCAUAAUAAGACCGUUCGGCCGGCCGCCGUGGACCGACCAGAAAAAACAGGAACCUGGAAUCUCGCCUCCCCUCAAUUUCCCACCAGCAUUCUUCGGCCGGCCCUGACCUUGCUUCCGCCACCGCCAUCUCUCGGGGAGCUCUGCUUUGCUAUUAGGCGUCUGCUGUUACUAAGGGUGUGCGUUGCCUCGGGCAAUAUAGACGGACCAGCAAGCGCACCAGAAGCCACCGCGGCCAUUCGAAACACGACAACCCCGCCGUCCUCGUUGCCGCUGACGACAUCGCCUGCCGACUAUCGGCAAUUUGCUCUGUCGCAGCCCGAGGACAGGGGACCAGAGCGUCCCAGCAGCUCCAACCCUCAAACCCGGGAAAGCUUCAAACUUGGGAUCGACACGGGGCGCCUUUUUCUUGCUGUCCAAUCCCGCCAACCGACCUGGUCGGUGGCUCGGUACAAUCCAAACAGAAGCGAGACAAGAAGGCAAAGUCGAAUCCAGCAUCUGGUAGGUAACUACCUACCUCCUUGGUAGACAGGCGAGCCAUUGUAGAAGCCGGCUCAAGCACCCGUCCGUCGUCUGUUAGCCUCCUCAGCCCUAGUCCUGAGUCACCGCCGACCGAUUGGGCUGGGCCUUGGACAGCAGCGGCUGGAGACCUGAGCUAGGGUCGAAGCUCGUGCCUCGCUCGCCAACGACCCCGCAGGCGCCCAGGCCGACACGACAAAUCCCCAUCACCGCCACUACUCCGCCAUCCCUCCAGACCGCCGUCGCAACAGCGACGCCGACUCGCACCCGACUCUAAGCCCGAGCUGCCCUGCCCUGUUCGCCCGUGCCGCCUCGGCCGGCGCGGUCUCACCAGCUAGCAAACAUGAACGAAGAUGACAGGAUACAAGACAUCUACAAGAAGAUCGAGCGCGAGCGGGCCCUGAUCAAUGCGGCAAAUGUUAUGCGACAACAGACCAACAACGAUGCCGUCCGCUCCAAGAUCGACAGCCAGAUGCGCGAUGGCCGCCGCAACAUCGGGUUCUUCGAGGAGAAGCUGCGCGAGCUGCAGAUGCGCAAGAUGGGCGCCGGAAUGGACAACAUGAGCCUUGGCGGUUCUACUCUAGGCCACGACGCCUCGUCGUCCUCGCGGCCCCGGAGCGCCGACAUGCGCACCGACUCGGACGGCACCCCGAUUCCGCCGCCCAAGGACGGCUCCCACGGCGACCAGUCGGGUUACGGCUCGACGCAGUACAGCCAGAUCGGUCAGCACGGUGACAUGAUGCCUCCCAGGGGGCCCUUUGCAGCGCAGCCACCUAGGAGCGGCAUGCCUAAGGGGCGCCCCAACUUCACCAAGCUAGAUCUGAUCAAAUACGACACACCCCACCUCGGCCCUCGCAUUCAGCUCAUGCUGUCGCAGAUCCAGUUCAAGCUCAAUGUUGAGGAGCAGUAUCUGAAGGGCAUCGAGAAGAUGGUGCAGCUGUACCAGAUGGAGGGCGAUAAGAAGAGCAGAGCGGACGCAGCUGCCCGUCGGGUCGAGAGCAAGCAAAAAAUAGUACUUCUGAAGCAGGCACUCAGGCGGUACGAGGAAUUGCAUAUCGAUGUCGACUCGGCAGACUCUGCGGAUGAUGACAGUAUCAACAUGCCCAAUUUGAGGAAGCCCCUGACCGGUCAGCUCUCUAUCAGAGUGAUUGCCAUCAAAGAUGUUGACCAUGCCCCCGUCGGCCGAUUUACCCGGGGUCCCGAGUCGCUUGUUGCCGUCAAGGUGGAGGAUAACGUCGCGGCGAGGACAAAGAUGUCGCGGACGGACCGGUGGGAGGGCGAGUACCACAACAUCGAGAUCGACAAGGCGAACGAGAUUGAGAUUACCGUGUACGACAAGCCCGCCGAGCACUUUAUCCCCAUCGGAAUGCUCUGGGUCAGGGUCUCGGACAUCGCCGAGGAGCUGCGGAAGAAGAGGAUCGAGGCCGAGACUAGCAAUCUGGGGUGGGUGUCCGCCGACAGGAUGGGCGAUCCCCGCGGCCAGGCGCCGCCCAGCUUCCCGAUGAACCCGCAGCAGCCCCAGCUCGGCGGCCCGACCUCGCCGGGAAUGCAGGGCCAGCAGCAGGGGUACCCUCCGGGAUCCCAGCAGGCGCAGAUGCCCAUGGGGCAGGUUCCCCAAGAGCCCGUCACGGGGUGGUUCAACCUCGAGCCGACGGGCCAGAUCCAGCUGAGCCUGAACUUCCUCAAAGAGAACAAGGACCGGCGCCCCGUCGACCUGGGUCUCAACCGCAAGGGCGCCGUGCGCCAGCGAAAAGAGGAGGUGCACGAGAUGUACGGCCACAAGUUUGUGGAGCGACAGUUCUACAACAUCAUGCGCUGCGCUCUCUGCGGCGACUUCCUCAAGGGCGGCGCGGGCAUGCAGUGCGAGGACUGCAAGUACACGUGCCACAUCAAGUGCUACACGAGCGUCGUGACAAAGUGCAUCAGCAAGUCCAACGCCGAGACGGACCCGGAGGAGGAGAAGAUCAACCACCGCAUCCCCCACAGGUUCCAGGCCUUCUCCAACCUCACGGCCAACUGGUGCUGCCACUGCGGUUACCUGCUCCCCUUUGGCAAGAAGAACUGCCGCAAGUGCAGCGAGUGCGGCCUAGCCGCACACGCGCAGUGCGUGCAUCUGGUGCCCGAUUUCUGCGGCAUGUCGAUGGCUGUGGCCAACCAGAUCCUCGAAGGCAUCAGAACACAGAAGCAGCGGCAGCAGAAGGCAACUUCGAUGAGCGACCGGACGCUGCGCCCAGCGACUAAGCCCGUGGGACCGUCUGGUCACGCUCCUUCAGCCUCGUACUCGGGCGCAGGCAUGCCGCCUGGCUACGGGCCGGGGUCGGCCUCGCCUGAGGCGACAGAAGCGGCCAAGUAUAUGUACUCGAGCCAGACGUCUCCCCAGCGCAUCACGUCUCCCGACAGGGCGUCCACGUCGUCACAGGCGGCAGCGGCGGCUACUGCUGCUAUGUCGGCGAUGCCCGGGGCACUCUCGUCGCAAGGUUCGGGGGCUGGCUAUGGAUCCGGAAGCGGUGGAAGGUAUGGCGCCGGAGGCUAUGGAUCUCCCGAGGGCCGCGAAGAUGAUCCUUAUGGCCUGGCACCGAGCCUGUCGUCUCAGUCGCCGCCCCAACAGCCCGCACAGCCUUAUGGCUCACCGCAGCAGCGCAAGUACAACCCUGCCGACUAUGCCAACCUGAGCAGCGGCUAUCCCAGCCAGCCGCAGCAGGCGAUGCAGCAACAGCAAGGCUACCAGCAGCAGCAAGCUCGCCCUGCCCAGCCGCAGUCGCCGCAGUCCAUGUACCAGCAACAGCAGCAGCAAUAUCCGCAGCAGCAGGGGUCGUCAGUCAAGCCCCAGUCGCCGGCGGAGCAGACUGUCAUCUCGCCCACGGCAGGUACUGUCAUCCCAACUUCGGCUAAGAGACCGUUGCCCUCGGCUACAGACCCGGGCACGGGCCAGCGCAUCGGGCUUGACCACUUCAACUUCCUGGCGGUUCUGGGCAAGGGCAACUUCGGCAAGGUCAUGCUGGCGGAAUCCAAGACGACUAGGAGGCUCUACGCCAUCAAGGUGCUCAAGAAGGAGUUCAUCAUCGAGAACGACGAGGUGGAGAGCAUCAGGUCCGAGAAGCGUGUGUUCCUGAUCGCGAACCGGGAGCGUCACCCCUUUCUCACCAACCUGCACGCCUGCUUCCAGACCGAGACGCGCGUCUACUUUGUGGAGGAGUACAUCAGCGGAGGUGACCUGAUGCUGCACAUCCAGCGUGGCCAGUUUGGAUCCAAACGGGCGCAGUUCUACGCGGCCGAGGUCUGCUUGGCGCUCAAGUACUUCCACGAGAACGGCGUCAUCUAUCGUGACCUGAAGCUCGACAACAUCCUCCUGACACUUGAUGGACACAUCAAGAUUGCAGACUACGGUCUGUGCAAGGAGGACAUGUGGUACGGAUCAACAACGAGCACAUUCUGCGGCACGCCCGAGUUUAUGGCACCAGAGAUCCUCCUGGAUAAGAAAUAUGGACGCGCAGUCGACUGGUGGGCAUUCGGCGUCCUCAUAUACCAGAUGCUCCUGCAGCAGUCGCCGUUCCGUGGCGAGGAUGAAGACGAGAUUUACGACGCCAUCCUGACGGACGAGCCGCUGUACCCGAUCCAAAUGCCACGAGACUCGGUCUCGAUCCUGCAGAAGCUGUUGAUGCGCGAGCCCGACCAGCGGCUGGGCAGCGGACCGACGGACGCGCAAGAGGUCAUGUCACAACCGUUCUUCCGUAACAUCGUGUGGGACGACAUAUACCACAAGCGCGGAGAGCCGCCGUUCAUGCCACAGAUCAAGAACGCGACCGACACGAGCAACUUUGACGCCGAGUUCACCAGCGUGACUCCGGUGCUGACUCCUGUGAAUUCGGUCCUCUCGCAAGCUAUGCAAGAAGAGUUCCGUGGGUUCUCGUACACGGCCGACUUUGACUGAGCUGUACAAGUAAAUACGACGCCCUUGAUCACUGGAUCAACAAAGACUCGUGAGAAGCCCAGGAUUGGGGCUUGGCCGAUAUCCGAGUACUGCCGAUCCCGCCACUGUUUCCUCAGGCGGUUGUCUUGAGUAGGGACGGCCCUGAUACUGCCCAAAGCACCCAUUGUGCUUUGGGCACGGACGGGUGACGACCAUUUUGCCCUGGAGCUGGGCGUGUUGCGAUAGCCCCUCAUGUCAAGCCUGGAGGCCGGUUCCGUCACGGAAGGGACGGCCAUGUGGUGGCGGGUAGGCGGGGGCUCUGUAGUAAACGAGACAGCCGGAGACAUGAACCCGGGCUGAUGCGGGGGUGUUUUUCUUCUUCUUCUUGCCUCGCUGGUCAGAACGACUGUCUCGACUGGAAAUACCCCUCGUUGGAGCAAGUUGACGGCGAGAAUGGCACAUCUGAUAGACGGCCUUUUCAAUACAAUAAACAAGGUCAAAGCUCAAUUUCUUCUCUUCAGCCAGCUCGAGACGGACACGGGGGAGACGGAAGGAAAGGCGUGGAGGCGAGCGUCCAGGAGGGACAAAUAGGGGGCAGGCGUUUCGAGGAUUUUUCCUGUAUUGUUUCUGCACAUUGUUUUACAGUAUCGCCUCCCCUCUCUAUCUCUCUCUCUCUGACCGUCAUCAGAAGCAGCGAUAGGGUGUGUGUGGUUGCCAUGACGCGUAGGAAUUGCAUGGCAUGUUUUCUAUUUACAUGGCUCCAAAAGUGACGUGGGCCCCACCUCCCUGUCGAAGUUGACGGCUUUGAAAGAGGUUCAUCUCGAUGUGGUUUCUUCACUCUUUCAUAAUGCGUGUUUUGUUCACCUCCUGAACACGAGGCUGGUGGCGGUGACGACGACGAUGGCGCCAGCGAGGGCGCUCUCGAGGGCGAUGACGGACACAUCGCGCAUACGCAGCUGCACGCGUCUCUCGCUGCACAGGUCGCUGCACAGGUCCGUCACGGCGGGCCGCCACAGCUUGGGGUCCGAGGCGAGUUCAGACCAGGAUGAUCUUUGUGGGGGCGGCGACAUGGGCUUGAGGGGUGGUGGCGAGGGGACGGCGACGUCGUCUGCCGGCGGCGGCGGCGGCGGCGGCGGCGUGGCUGC